AGAAAACUGGCUUGUGUCAAACAAAAAAAAAAAGAAGUACAAAAAAAAAGAGAACCAAAAAGAAAGCUUUUCAAGUGAAAUUUCUCAACACAAAAUAUUAAAUUUUUCUUUUUGUUUCAUUAAAACCCCAACAAUACAUUAAAUUGCUUGCAAUUUUAUUAAUAUUACCAACAAAAUUAAACAUCAUAAAAAUGGCACAAAACAUUAGUCCGGAUCAUACUCAUUCAUCCAAUUUGAAGCAUAAUGACGACUCGGUUACAAUAAAAGAUAAUCACGCAGUCAGCAAGAGAUUACAAAAAGAACUAAUGAAUCUAAUGAUGUCGGCCGAAAAAGGCAUUUCAGCCUUCCCCGACGGCGAAAACAUCUUCAAAUGGAUUGGCACCAUAACGGGCGCCGACACAACCGUUUACAGUGGACAAAAGUAUCGCCUUUCUCUCGAAUUCCCCAACUCUUAUCCCUACGCUCCGCCCGUCGUCAAAUUCCUCACUCCUUGCUAUCAUCCAAAUGUCGAUCUAUCCGGAUCCAUCUGCCUCGACAUUCUCAAGGACAAAUGGUCGGCCCUUUACGAUGUGCGGACUAUCCUACUUUCCAUUCAAUCGCUGCUCGGCGAGCCGAAUAACGAUAGUCCGCUGAAUGCCCAAGCUUCGAUGAUGUGGACGAAUCAAGUGGAAUAUAAAAAAUACUUGGAUUCGUUCUAUGAGAAACACAAAGACACAUAAUUUAAGCGGUCGCCCUUAGCCCUCAUCCAAACACCACCUAAAAAAACUGUAGCAAAAUAUUCCCACAAUACAAAAAAAUAUUUAUAUUUAUUAUUUUAUAGGGUUUUUUCUUUCAUUUCGAUUGUAUUUCUAAUCUCUACAUCCUGGCCCGGGCGCCGCUUAAAUGCAAAAUUUAUAAAUUAUAAUUAUUAGUUAUCGUUAACAUUAAAAAUUAUAAACAUUAAACAAGCUGACUACUUGAUCUUUUACCUACCAAUUUUAUUAGAUUGAGAGGUGAAAUUGAGAGCUUUGUCUUUAUAAACAUCAUUUUAGAAUUUUAAUAUUGUCACUUUAUUUCAUGGAACAACAAACAUUUCUUUUAGUUUAUUUCUUUUUUUUCCUUAUUUUUUAUCAUUAAUUUUAGUGUUUUUGUUGUAUAAACUU